AGAAAAAAAGCGUCGCUCGCGCAGCCAUGUCAACGCUCAAGUGUUUUGCUGAGGAUGUCGGUCUACUUUUGGCCGAAUAAACCACUCGCAGACGGGGGAAAGUACCGAUGAAACAGAUACUAAUUGGUGUCGUAGUGUAUGGGGGAGGGAAAGCGCAACGGCUUCGGACCACCGUCGUAAGCUCGUUUAUUCGCAAUGAACGGUCACAACGGUGUUGUAUAUGCACUGAUUCAUUACACUGAAUCCCAGACUUACUGAAUUACUACGAGCGCGGGCUUAUCUUUUUUUACACUUUCUGUCGUGGUUAUCGCUGUGUUAAUGUUCAUAGCGUAUUUAUGACCGCCUUUGGUCGCCAACCGGGUCAGAGUUCACCGAGAGGGCGUUUGAACGCCAAACUGGACACGCAUUAACCCUUGCGUAUGACGUCACCGCCGGCAAAGCUGAGCUAACGUUAGCACGCUAACGUAGCUAGCUAAAUGACAGACGACGGUGAUGCCUGCAGGUGGAAGUACCUGGACAGUGACCCAGGACGGAUUGGACAAGACGUUAGAGAAGCCAAUUAAGAAAAAGUCCAAGAAGAAAACCCCCGAAAUCAACGAGAGCAUUGUGCUUCAGACUCUCAAGAACCUCCGCGUCACAAAGGGCGAGGAGUCCGACGACGCGCAUCAUCUGGAACACGAUGGCCGUGAGUUUGAAACAGCCACAAACGGCAACAACGAAGAGGACACUCGACCAUCAAAAGCCAAGAGGAAGACUAAGAGGGAACUUCCCAGCCGGCCUUUGCCCGACAACGCCGCUGGCCCUGAACCGGAGGGCGAGCAGAAGGAGCCGAAACGCGGGAGUAAGAAGGGCAGACGGAAAGACGACGCCAGGAGAGAUGACGACAAGGACGGCGAGGAGCUGCUGCGGGAGUACCAACAGCAGAUGACGCCAGAAGACGAAGACACGCGAGGGAGUGACGACGUAGCGAAGAGGAAAAAGAAGAAGAAAGUGAAAUCUGCCACCGCCGAGUCGGAUCUUGGAGAUCAUGACCAGGACGGGGAUGUGGAAAGUGACUCCAAGGAGAAAAAGAAGAAGAAGACUACGACGAAGAAGAAGAAGUCAACCUUGGAGGAAGGAAAUGCCAAUGAAGUGCCCAAAAAGCCCGCCGCCAAUAACGAAAACGACGGCCUGGUGCUAGGGGUGUACGUGCACCAAACGGAUGGCCUCAAGACGGACUUGCACGUCUCGCAUCCCAUGGUGAAGGUCCAUGUGGUGGAUGACAUCACAGACCAGUACGUCAAAAAGAAAGACAGCCAUCGUCCGGUGUCAUCGUUUUACGAGCAAGACACGGUGGACCACAUCCUUCCCAUCAUGACACAGCCCUUCGACUUCAAGAAGAACAAGUCGGUCAUCCCUGAGUGGAAGGAGCAGAUCAUCUUCAACGAGCCCUUUUCACACUUUGUAGGGCGGGACCCCGAAAGCCCAAAAGUUGUCCUCUUCUUUGAGAUCUUGGACUUUCUAACCAUGGAGGAAGCCAAAUCCAACGUUGACGUUGAGACGCAUCAGCGAGGAUUCAGAAAGAUCGCAUGGGCCUUCUUGAAGCUAGUCGGCGCCAACGGCGUGCUCAACACCGGCAGCAAAAUCCGCCUGCAGCUCUAUUGUCCACCCUCGUCGGCCAAGAGGCAGCCUCGCACCGUCGAGGUGGUGGAGUGGUGGCGGCGUUACCCUCGCGUCAAGUACGCGUCCACCCUCUACAUCACCGUCAAAGGGAUCCGACUACCUCAGCACGUGGACCCGAGUGUGCGUUCCAUGAUGGCGCUGCAGGAGGAGCGAGGCAACACUUCCUAUAGCGAGCUGCAGGACGGUGCCACCAAGAGGACGUCCUCACUGCACGCUGAAGGGACGAGCGCGCCGGUGUUGAAGUGGAGCCGAAUUCCCGGCCAGGUGUGUCGCAUUCCCAACAAGCCCGUGCUGGGCUUCCGCGGGGGUCAAAUGGGCUGCUUGGCAGUGCUCUUCUCUCAUGGCGGAACGCUUCUGGCCACCGCUUGUGCCGACAGAGAUUUGUUCCCAGUUGUGGUGUUUGAGAUUCCCUCUGGGAAAGCCUUGGCGGCCUUCAGCGGCCAUCUUAAAAUCGUCUACGAACUCUGCUGGUCCGCCGACGACAGACGACUUUUGUCCGUCUCCUCCGAUGGAACCGUCAGGGAGUGGGAUGUGGAGCAAUUCCUCCCGACCGCACGCAAGGUUCUGCCGCACCCGUCGUUUGUGUACACGGCCCAGUACCACCCGACGGCGCAGCAUCUGGUGCUCACCGGCGGCUACGACUGCGUUGUCCGCGCCUGGAGGCUCGAUGUUGAUGACAUCAACGGCCUGCUCCUGCGCGAGUUUGAAGCCCACGCUGCUUUCAUCAACAGCAUUUGCUUUGACGCCCAAGGAGACAGGAUGUUUUCGGCGGACAACACGGGCAACGUCGUCAUUUGGAAGACUCCGGUGAGCGAUGGCGAGCAGCAGCCUUGGCAUCACUGGUGUGUGGAAAAGAUUCACACGGAGGCGACCCUAAAGGGGAUCGCCAUCAACAUGCUGCAGGUCCAUCCCAGCGGCCGCUGCCUCCUCAUUCAUGCCAAAGACAACGUCCUCAGGAACUUGGAUCUCAGAAUUAUGACAAUGAAAAAAUACACGGGAGCCACCAACCAGUGGGAGAGGAUCACCAGCACCUUCACGCCGUGCGGCAGCUUCGUCUUCUCCGGCAGCGAGGACGGAAUGGCGUACGUUUGGAACACCGAAUCCGGCGACCAGGUGGCCGUCUACUCUCGGCUUUCCUACAGCUCGCCCUUGUGCGGGGUGUCUUUCCACCCUUACGAGAACAUGGUGGCCUUCUGCGCCUUUGGGGAGAGCCAACCCGUGCAACUCUACCUGCACGACCGCAAAGUGUCCCAGCUGGACGUGCUUGGCAUGAAGGAGCUCGGGCCGGUGUCAAACACGGCCGAGCCGCUUUGCAGCACGCCAACCUCCCUCUCCGUCGGCCGCUUGGGACAAGCUACCAGGCAGGCGUUGAAAAUGCAGCGAGUCAAAGAGCAAAUGGAUUCCGUCCUGGAUCCACAUCGCAGGUCUUCAUCUUUUGAACCAGGAAGGAGCCUAUUUUCAGACAUCAGCACGAUAAGAGCCAACACCUCACUCCCUCCUCUCUUGGGCGGCUUCAGUCCCGUCGGGCUACAUCGAAAGGGAACGUCCAGGCUUCAGACGUCUCUGCUCAGCUAUGAACCUUCGCCGGACUCCUCUCAACAUGUGGUGGUGUCGCUGUACGAUUACAAGGCCAACCGCUCAGACGAGCUGACGUUGCGGCGCGGUGACGCCAUCCGCGUGCUUUAUAAGGAUAAUGACAACUGGUGGUUCGGCAGCCUGGCGGACGGACAGCAGGGUUACUUUCUUGUGGCCUACGUCGCCGAUCCCAGAGACUCUGGUGAAGAGGCGGCCGUGGAGAGGACGACACCGACAAGAGUCUCCACUGCAUUUACUCCUUCUGGAGAACUUCGGUUUCUCUCUGAGCCCACCCUAACCGACACCGAGCCAGAGUUGACGGAAGCCAAACUUAAAAAGAAAAAGAAAAUGAAAAAGAACUUGAAAAGGCUACCGCCACCACCAGUGCCCGCAUCAUCUCAGGCCACGUUUUCCGAUCCGGACAUCGGAACUGAGUCGGCCGACAAAGUCCGACCGGCUCGUCGCCCACUCCCGAAGAGACCGACUAAGAGGCCCGAUGAUGCUGUGCCACUCGACGCAUGACGGUACACUUUUUGUACAGUAGACAAUCACUUUUUUCUAUUAUUUUUAUAUAAAAUGUCAACCAUUUUGACAUUAUUUUUUAGACGGGUUGAAUUUCUGCAUAGUGGCACAAUUCAUUGUUCAAAUUCCAAAACAAAUUUCUCCUCCAUAGAAAAUAAUGUUAAAGCCACUUAAUUUGAUUCUCUUAACUUUAACUCACUUCUAGCCAGUGUGUAAUACAACAAAAAUUUUGUUUACUCCACGCUAGCCACAAGCUGUUAAACCAGGG